AUGAACUUCUUCCUCUUCCCCUCAAUUCAGUCGCUUCCUCCGUCUUUUUCAGAAAUGGAAUUCUACUGCAUGGAAGACAGAGCCUUGAAAUCGAGCUUGAGGAGGGAAGUUAUGGCUUCUGUGAAGUAUCCUCAAAACACCCAGCUGCAGCAAGAUCUGGGGUUUGAAGAUUUCCUGUGCUUGAACCCCAGUUCUGCAGAGGAUUUCUCCGUCGACUGUUUCUUGGAUUUCUCCAAUGGCGGGUUUAAGGACGAGGAAGAGCCUGCGGAGCGACUUGAAGAGGAGGAGGAAGAAGAACAGGACUCUGUUUCGGUUUCCAACUCCUCGUCGGCCAGUUUCUCCGAUUCCCUUCUCUCCAGCGACCUUCCCGUUCAUGCAGAGGAUUUAGCGGAACUGGAAUGGGUUUCCCAAUUCGUCGACGAUUCCUCCUCUUCAUCGGAGGCCGCCGCCCUAUUCGCCGCCGUUUCCGCGGAGAAGCCCUUCGAAUUCAAACCAACGCCGGCGAAGACGCCAGUUUUCACCACUCUCCCACCUCCGCCUUUCCUCACUUCCCGGGUCCCGGCGAGAACGAGGACCAAACGAGCCAGAACCGCCGGUGCAAGCUGGUUCAACGGGUCGUCGGUGAUUUCCGACUCUUCCUCACUCACCUACUCGCCGACGUCAUCGUCCUCCGCCGCCUCUUCGGCGCCGUACCUAAACUCUCUUCAAAUCCAUCCCUCAAUUUCGUCGCUCUUCCCUCGCAGCCCCGGCGAGCCGCUAAGGAAGAAACAAAAGAAGAGGCUGCCAGGAAUGGCGGGUGAGUCGGGUUCGAACCCGAACCCGACCCAGCAGCAGCGGCGGUGCAGCCACUGCGGUAUCCAGAAGACGCCGCAGUGGCGGAGCGGCCCGAACGGGGCGAAAACGCUGUGCAACGCUUGUGGGGUCCGGUUCAAAUCCGGCCGCCUCCUGCCGGAGUACCGGCCGGCAGGAAGCCCGACGUUUUCCAGCGAGGUGCAUUCCAACAGCCACCGGAAAGUCUUGGAGAUGCGGAAGAAAAAGGAACAGGUGGAAGAGUCGGCGACAGCGACAGAACCGGCCGCCGGGUCGGACUUGACCCGAGUGGUUCCGGGGUUUUGA